ACCAUAGCUUUUUUUCCGCACGCGCACACAUCUUCUUUCUCUGCUAAGCCGGCAGCAUGAGGCAGCGAACGGUGGUGAUGUACGUGGAGAUCGGUUGCUUUGUGUCCUGUCUGUGUGGCUGGGUUCUGAAUUGUUCCACUCUGGCCACUGAGUACUGGGUCAUCUCAGAAAGUGCGUCUGUGGUUCUCAGCGCCGGUGAUUACUAUUCCAACCUCUGGAUGGACUGUGUCACAGACACCACAGGAGUAUCUGACUGUAAAUACUUCCCCUCCAUGAUGGACCUGCCUGUUUUCCUCCAUGUAAGCAGGGCCCUGGCUGUCGUCUCUGUGAUCUUUGGCUUCUGGGGGGCUGUUCUCGCUCUUAUUGGGAUGAAAUGUACCAAAAUCGGAGGCUCUGAGCUUGUCAACGCCAGAGUUACAUUUGCAGCAGCGUUGACGUACAUGGCAUCUGGAUUUUGUGGUAUGAUAGUGUACUCCUGGUGGGGAGAAAAGACACGCUCAGAAUUUGUGGAUCCAUAUUUCUUAGAAUUAAAGUUUGAGCUCGGUGCAGCUCUGUUUAUCGGUUGGGGAGGUUCAUGUCUGCUUAUUUGUGGAAGUGCAGUCAUGGGUUAUUUCUCUGGGAGAGAGUCAUUCCCUAAAAGGUUUAAUAAACAACCCAGAAAACCCCCAACCUACAUGACAGCGCGUACCAGACGGACGUACAUGCUGCCGGGCUCGUCCAGACCAUCCAGACCCACAACAGUCAUCAUCCCUCCUUCACACCAAUCAUACAGUCAGAGCAGAGGAAGCAGAGCGAGUGGAGGGAGGAGAGGAACACAAGAAAGCCAGUCUGUCAGACCCAGCCUGCCACCCAUAGACUCAGCUGUGUAA